AUGAAACAAGAUGCGAUCAGACAUGUUUUUCCCGAUACUUCAAUUGACAAGGUUUUAAAACAUACAUUCUUUAAUGAUGAUUUUCAAAUACGAUUUUUGCAACAACGUAAAGAAGUAUCAACAGUUUCAAUUUCUAAAGGAUGGAAUAGUAAUUUAGAUAAAGAUGAUCCGAGAGUAAAGGAGACUUUUAUGAGAGAAACAUCAGUGGUUGUGGAUAAAAUUAAUGCGCCUGCAAUUUUAGGAAUUAAAAGAGUUGAUCUUCAAGUUACGGAAUCAUUAGUGAUGGAAUCAAGGGAUAAAUGUAGAGUUAUUUGUGAUAUUUGUCUUGUCGGAGAAUCUCCAAUGAAGGAAUUUUUUGAAAUUUCAGCAAUUUUUGAUUUUGCACAAAAGAGUAAUGAUGACAAUUUUCAAAGUGUAGAAUUAACCAUUGAUAUGAAGGCAGAAUUUAAAAAACUUAUUUGGACUGUUACUGAUUUUGUAGAAAAUGCAUUGAUCAAGAAUGAGAACAAGUUGUUUUGCAAAUGGAUUGAAAUGGCCUAUGAUGUCAUUCCUUGUAUUAUCGAUAGUAUGGAUGUUGAACCAACAAAUGUAGAAGAAUCAAAUAAGGAGGAAAAGAAGGGAUUUUCUUUAUUCAAAUCUAAAGAAUCAAAGGAAUCGAAAGAAACAAAGGAUACUUCCAAAAAAUCAUCCUCUAUUGCAAUGUCUCUUAAAAACCUAUUGAAAAAGAAGAAGAAGGAUGGAACCCAAAAUGAGGUUGAAAAGAAGGCACAAAUAUUUAUCAAACAUGUUGGUUACGAGGAAUUGGUAAAGAAGAGCAAGGAGCAACAUAAGGAAAUGUUUGGUGUCAUUGCACAAAAGCAAGAGAAUGCUUACUUUGUAUUAUUUUUUACUACUGUUGGGAUAAUUAUUGGACUAUUCCUUUAUUAUACCUUUUCAUCAUCCUCAAUUAAAAUGUAA